GCUCGGACCUCCCAAUUACCCACAGAAGCUCUCUUGCCCACCUCCUCUCCUCCCCUCGCCCUCGCCUGUCGCCCCUCGCCCUUCGCCCCUCGCUCUCUGGCUCUCGCGCACUUCCCAGCUCUUCUCCCUCCCACUUUUCUCUUGUGCUGCUUGCACUCCUGGCACUUCAGCCAAAAUCUGCUUCUCCUCUUCUCCUCUCCUCCAGCCCUCUGGAGCUUCCCUCCUGGUCAAGCAAGGUCAAGCGGCACGCCAACCACUGGCCAACUGCUCUAUGCACUAUGAUGCGCACACCUCGGGCUCUGUCUUUUCCCACCCCCCGACUGCCCUGAAGCCCGCCUCUUGCGUCCCCCGAUUGCUCUCCUCUCCCCUCUGUUCGCUCCCCUGAGCUGCUGACUAGUGCAAACCUGGGACAUGGACUCUGGGCCCUGACGUUUGCCCACAGCUCUCCCCCCCCAGCUCUCCCCCCCAGCGCCCUCCCAAGUUUCUCAGCCGUAUUCCGCUCGCUCACCCCCUACCUCGACCACGCAUCUCUUCUCCCUUUCUUUGUUCCCCCCAUAGCUUGCUUUCACUUGUAUUUCUAUCCUUUUUCCGUCUCUCCUAGACCUCCUUCAAUCUUGCCUCACCUACACGUCACAUCCAAACAUCCUCUACAACAUGGCGCCCACCAGAAGCCGACCAGGCGACGAAGAAGAAGAAGAGCUCGAGCUCCCCGAGGACGACGAGGAAGAAGAAGAAGAAGAAUAUGAAGACGACGACGACGAGGAUGAUGAAGAUGGAGAUGAGGAGGAAGAGGAAGAAGAAGAUGUAGAGGGCGAAGAGGAGGAGGAGGAGGAACAAGCCCCCCCUCCCAAAAAGCGAAAGGCCGAAGCCGAACCUGCCGAACCUGCACCCAAGAAGUCCAAGCCUGCCGCCCCGGAAGAGGAGGAGGACGAUGAGGAGGAGGAAGAUGGCGAGGAUGCUCCCGAGGACGACGCCGACGAGCAAGACCAAGAAGAGGAUGAGCCUGCGGUCAAGACCAAAGUUAUUUCGGGCUCCGAGGGCAAACAGGCCGCGGCCACUGCCGAAACUGAGGAGCUCGACGACGAAGAAUAGUCACCGACGGUUCUUGGUGGGUGGCUUCCUCUGGCAAAGCUGAAGUGGACGUUGGCAAGAUGGAUAGAACACGGCGAAAAUUUCUCCAAUGUAAAAGGGACAGUAUCUCCAGCACCCACUGCCGCGGGGAAACUGCCCGUGUUGCAAGCCAUCUGCUCGACCUACUCGCUGUCUCGCCUGUAAAAUUUCCCCUCGUCUGUGUUCAAGUCGUCCCUACAAAUGACUCUUGUGAUGUUAAGCGUAAAUUCUCCUGUCGCCAUGGGUUUUCUCGGCUUUGCAGACUGCGAAAUCGUUGGCGGCUUCAACUAGAGGUUGACAACGACUUCAGCAAUAACGAAUCGCCAGCCAUUGAGAGCCACCAGCUUGCUUCUGCCUUCCUGUCUCGGCUCAGUCCAUCCGGCUCGCCCGAAUACCAUGAAAGCUCCAAGCUCUUUCGACUUGCAGGCCGAA